CAACAUUGGUUGGGUGUGUCUUGGAUCGACGGCUGCUAUGAUGAAUCAUGACCAAUUAAUAAUUGAGGAGGCACGCCAAAUUGUAACUCAGCAACUAUCAAAGCCCCUUUCCAAAGUGUUUAGGCGAGAGUAGCACAACACAUAUGAGGUAUAUGCAUCUGUAUCCUCGAUUCCAUCGCAUUCAGGCCGCCUUUUUGAGAAUUGCCCUCUUCGGCAUUCCAUAGCCCACUCCGGCCAAUCAUCGCUUGGGAAGAGGGAUAGACUAAGGAGCUACCACUAUGUCGAAACCAUGGAUAUUCAUCUCGCCAUCAAGCCGAGGCAUCGGACAUGCGUUGACAGCCCAUCUCCUCCGCACGACAUCACUGCCCAUCCUUGCGACAGCGCGCUCUGAUCCAGCCGGCGUGAAGGAAUCCCUCGUUUCCGCAUCGGCCAAUAACAGAACGUCCAAAGACGAUGGAUCCCGACUGCACGUGACACACUUAGAUGUGACAGACGAGUCGAGCGUCGAAGCAGCAGCGGCAAAAGCAGCAGAGCUCUUCCCGCCAUCGACGCACCACCUGCACCUCGCGUUCGCGCUACCAGGGAUCCUGCACCCGGAGAAGCAGCCGCGGCGCAUCGACUACGACGACGCGCUCGAGACGCUCAGGGUGAAUACUCUUGGCCCGCUGAUGCUGAUGAAGUGGUUCGGGGACCUGCUACCGCGCAAGGGGACGGACCUUUCAGAUGUGAGAGGAGCAGAAGCAGCCGGAUUCCGCGUCCCGGCGCACGCGACCUGGCUCACGAACUCGGCGCGCGUAGGCUCCACGGCCGACAACAGGCUAGGCGGAUGGUACAGCUACCGCGCGUCCAAGGCGGGCGUGAACAGCAUCACGAAGAGCUUCGAUCUGCAUCUGCGGAUGCGAGGCGCAGGGAACGCGAUGGCCAUGGCGUAUCACCCCGGCACGGUGAAGACGGGGUUCAGCCAGGAGUUCUGGGGGAAUGUAGCUGAGGACAAGCUUUUUAGUCCCGAGUUUGCUGUGCGGAAGAUGUUGGAGGUUGUGGCGAGUAGGACCGUGCAGGACGGGGGGAGGUGUUGGGAUUGGAAGGGCGAGGAAGUGCCGCCGUGAAAUUGAGACUCUGUGGCAUGAGAUUGAAUACGACUACCAGACAAAGGCUUCCCACUCAACACUUUUACAUGGCCAAUGUGCGUUGGCCAAGGUUGAAAAUAACCAUGGUAUUAUAAUAGUACGAAUGUGUAGUAAUGCGCACGCAGUAUC